GGCUACAAAACAUAUACAGAGAGACUGAACAUUCACUCUUCAGAACUGUAUUCCGCCAGAGAGGACUGCGGCUGCAACGCGUCGUCAUUUGGACUGCUUUUGAACGCCUUUUACGUGAGAUUUUCAUCUGAGGGACAAACACAAUGGAGAUGAAUAACUGUACAGAUAACUUCUUACCUGAAUCAUCUACAUUUUCUACGACUCAACACUUUGGGCCACUGAACAUUUUGGAUCUUUGUCUGCACGGUUUCAAAUUCUUAUUUGGGUUUCCUGCACACUUCUAUGUGAUCUGGCUCAUCAUCACAGGAACUGGAAAUGGAGUUGCAUUAGAGUUCUUCAUGCUCAAUCUCUCUGUUUGUGAGAUGGCCAUCUCUCUGAAUAUUUUUCUCCAUGUACUUGAGCGCUGGUUUUCAAGUCUCAAAACAUUAAAAUAUUUAUUAUUUGGACUAACCACCACUGGUCGUCCUCUGUUUCAGUGUCUGAUGUGUGUUGAGCGUUACCUGGCAGUGGUUCAUCCUGUAACCUUUCUGAAGUACAAACCUCUCAGAUAUAGAGUGAUCUGCUCCACUGUGGCCUGGAUAAUCACUCUUGGCUCUUGCUUGUACUGCUUGUUUAAUAUGGUCUCAUGUAACUUCUAUCUUUUUGUCUACUGGUUUGCAAUGCAGUCCCUCAUCUUCUUCUGCAUCCAGUCCUUUUGUCUUGUGGCUGUUCUCAGAGCUCUGAAGCAGUCAGGACCAGGAGAGAAAAAGAAAGAGGAGGAAAACCACAUGAAGAGAAGAGCAUUUUAUCUCAUUUUAUUAACAACUGUGAGCAUGAUUAUCACGUAUCUGCCUUAUAUCAUCACAGCAUUGUAUUUCAUUCUGAGCCAACAUUACGUUCAGGAAGCUUUUACUGUUGCUUUUGUUUGUUAUAUACUGGCUGGUUUUGUUCAGCCUGUUCUUUACCUGAACCGGGUCAGAAAAUGUUUCUGUUUUCGGUAA